AGUCAUUAAUUCGACACCACCUACUAAAACUGUCCAAAUCCCUCUGUAACAUCAAACAAUCUAUCAUAUAUUUUGACAGAAGGUCCGAUAACUUAAGGCAAUAAAAAGAAAUACGUUUACAACAAACAACACAACCGUUUUAUGUCUAAUUAUUAUUAGACCUACAUUGAACUAGAAAUAAAACAACUUAUUUCUAAUUUGUUCCAGUGUAACAUUAAAUUUAAAUUACCGUUAAUAUUAUACUAACACUAUAGUAAUAAAUAAACUGUUUAAACAAAAAAAAAAUCAUUAAAGAACGCAUAUAGACAGUUGCAAUGGCAGGAGUUAAAUUGACAUUAAUUACUUUCAUUUUUAUAUUUGGUGCCUUUUGUAUAUUUAAUAAUUUAGCAGCUAAAAAAAAAUUUGUUAUAAAGGAUGGAAGAUGUAAGAAACCAUUACCUGGACCACCAGGAUAUUUUACAAUUGUACAAGUACGAUGGUUUUAUAAUAUAACAAGUGACAAAUGUUCUAAAUAUAUUGCAUUUGGUACCGAUGACGAAUGCGAAAAAAUAGUACAAAAUAGAUUUAUUACAAAAAUUGGUUGCGAAAUAGCAUGCAAAGGUAUAUACCCCUAUGGUUUGAAUGCAUAUCCUUGAACAAC